AAAAUAAGCAGCCAAUCAAAGCAGCAGGAAGCAAAUCGGAUAAAAAUCCUCAUUGGUGAAUGAAGUCACACUUUCUACAGAAGUUUGACAGGCCUACAGGUACACAGCAGGUCUCUCUCUCUCUCUCUUUCUCUUCAUAAGACCGUCAUCCUCUCUCGCUCAAAAAGGUUGCAAGCUUUAGUAAGAAAAGGACGUUUAACUGUUAAUCCAGUAACAGUUUGGAUCACAUUCAGCAUCUCUGCAUUGGAUGAUGGUUCUUCAGGCCGGCGGUGUCAUGACUAUGAGUGUUGACAAUCAGCUGCCUACCUCCUGGACGACCCAUUACAACUGCUCUGAUGUAUCCCCAGUUUCCACGGUCACCUCCAGUUACACGGGUCGUCUCUGGUCUCAGGAUCUUCACCCACAGUACUGGUCAAAGUACCAGGUCUGGGAAUGGCUCCAACAAACGUUGGACAUGCACCAAAUCGAUGCCACCAGCAUUCCUUUCCAAAACUUUGAUAUGGAUGGAAGACAGCUUUGCAACAUGAGCUACCAAGACUUCACCCGGGCGGCCGGUUCCGUAGGUCUGAUUCUUCACCAGAGUCUCAAUGAUCUCAAGUGGAAUGUUCAGUACGGUCAAACAGAUUUGUUUACACAAGGGGAGAUAAAAACAGAAAUCGAUGCAGAAUUUCCCUGUUCAAUCCUUCCCUUUAAGGAAGAGCCCAGCUUUUAUACCACGUCAGACCUGUUUGAUAUCAAAAGCUCAUUCCAGCCCAACACAAUGUUGGCCUCACCAGCACCUUCAAGCCCAGAUCCCAAGCGGUCACACAGUCGCCCUCAUCAGGUUAAAAGACACAACCCUCGUGGAACGCACCUGUGGGAGUUUAUCCGAGACAUCCUGCUGAACCCGGAGCGUAACCCUGGCCUGAUCAAAUGGGAAGAUCGUUCAGAGGGAGUUUUUCGUUUUCUCAAAUCUGAAGCUGUAGCUCAGCUAUGGGGAAAGAAGAAAAACAAUAGCAGUAUGACCUACGAAAAGCUCAGCAGAGCAAUGAGGUAUUAUUAUAAGCGGGAGAUCCUGGAGCGAGUUGAUGGACGCAGACUCGUUUAUAAGUUUGGCAGGAACGCUCGAGGAUGGAGAGAGUCGGAAAAGUGAAAGACUUUGUUCUUUACACAUAACUUUCAUGUAAAAAAAAACUUUAUUUAUAACAAUGUGGCCAUUUGAGUUAUGUUUUUUUUUUUUUUAAGAAUUGUCUGUCAGUUUUCUGUAACUUUUGGUUGUUUGAAUUCAUCGUCUUGUUUCUUGUGCCUGAACAGAAAUGAAAACAAAGACGCUUUACCAUUUUGUUUACAUCACAUGUUUUUGACAUGUAUCACUUUUAUAUGAAUUUGACUGUGGAUGCAAAAUGCUAAAUGUUUUAUAUAUAAAUAUAUACAUACUGUGCAACUGUUUAAUCAAACUGAAAAUGUGUGGUCGUCCAAAGACCACGGUUUGACUUGAACACAACCUGUUUAUAGAGGAAAACUAUUGCAUUAAAGAGAUGUACCAUAAACAUACUGUACCUGCAAACCAAAUGAACCAGAUGUUUAAUGUGAGAAAGACAUAGUUCUGGCUUAAAGGAUUAGUCAAUUUUCUUUAAAAAAAUCCAGAUAAUUUACUCACCACC